UCUUGUUCCCAGGGGCAGUUGGCGGAAGAGAUCGCGCUCCCAGGCCGCCGGCUAGCUUUCUGCUUGGAUUUCUCGCGGCCCGCGAUUCGGCCUCUGCUCUCGACUCGGGGUCCAUUCGUCGGUGUCCCGGUUGCCCUCCCUCACCCGGCUGGGGCACAGCGAGGAGGCCCCAUCUUCCGACGGCGUUCCAUGGAGUAGGGUCCCGGACCGUUGUCCCGAAGAGCGAGAUUGAGCUUCGCCCCCUCCCCCUCCCUUCUCCCUCCCUCCUUCCUUCCGCCGCAACAUGGCUAACAACAGCCCCGCGCUGACAGGCAACUCGCAGCCGCAACACCAGGCGGCCGCAGCCGCGGCCCAGCAGCAGCAGCAGUGCGGCGGCGGUGGCGCCACCAAGCCAGCAGUCUCGGGCAAGCAGGGCAAUGUGCUGCCGCUGUGGGGCAACGAAAAGACUAUGAAUCUCAACCCCAUGAUCUUGACCAAUAUCCUGUCGUCGCCUUACUUCAAAGUGCAGCUCUACGAGCUCAAAACCUACCACGAGGUGGUGGACGAGAUCUACUUUAAGGUCACACAUGUUGAACCAUGGGAGAAAGGAAGCAGGAAAACAGCUGGCCAAACAGGGAUGUGCGGAGGGGUUCGAGGUGUUGGGACAGGAGGAAUUGUUUCUACAGCUUUUUGCCUGUUAUACAAAUUAUUUACUCUGAAGUUAACUCGCAAGCAAGUGAUGGGUCUUAUAACACACACAGACUCUCCAUAUAUUAGAGCCCUUGGAUUUAUGUAUAUAAGGUACACACAGCCCCCUACAGAUCUAUGGGAUUGGUUUGAAUCCUUCCUUGAUGAUGAAGAGGACCUAGAUGUGAAGGCUGGUGGAGGCUGCGUAAUGACCAUUGGAGAAAUGCUACGGUCUUUUCUCACAAAACUGGAGUGGUUUUCCACUUUGUUUCCAAGAAUUCCGGUUCCAGUUCAGAAGAAUAUCGAUCAACAGAUUAAAACCCGACCAAGAAAAAUCAAGAAAGAUGGAAAGGAAAGCGCUGAGGAAAUAGACAGACAUGUUGAACGCAGGCGUUCAAGGUCUCCAAGGAGAUCACUGAGUCCACGGAGGUCCCCAAGAAGAUCCAGAAGUAGAAGCCAUCAUCGGGAGGGCCAUGGGUCUUCUAGUUUUGACCGAGAAUUAGAAAGAGAGAAAGAACGCCAGCGACUAGAGCGUGAAGCCAAAGAAAGGGAAAAAGAAAGGCGAAGAUCCCGAAGUAUUGAUCGGGGGCUAGAACGCAGGCAUAGCAGGAGUAGGGAAAGACAUAGAAGCCGUAGUCGAAGUCGUGAUAGGAAAGGGGAUAGAAGGGACAGGGAUCGGGAAAGAGAGAAAGAAAAUGAGAGAGGUAGAAGACGAGAUCGUGACUAUGAUAAGGAAAGAGGUAAUGACCGAGAAAAGGAGAGGUCAAGAGAACGGUCCAAGGAACGGAGAAGUAGGGGUGAGGUAGAAGAAAAGAAAUAUAAAGAAGACAAAGAUGAUAGGCGGCAUAGAGAUGACAAAAAAGAUUCCAAGAAAGAGAAAAAACAUAGUAGAAGUAGAAGCAGAGAAAGAAAACAUAGAAGUAGGAGUAGAAGUAGAAAUGCAGGGAAACGAAGUAGAAGUAGGAGCAAAGAGAAAUCAAGUAAACAUAAAAAUGAAAGUAAAGAAAAAUCAAAUAAACGGAGUAGAAGUGGCAGUCAAGGAAGAACUGACAGUGUUGAAAAAUCAAGAAAACGGGAACAUAGCCCCAGCAAAGAAAAAUCUAGGAAGCGUAGCAGAAGCAAAGAACGUUCCCACAAACGAGAUCACAGUGAUAGCAAGGACCAGUCUGACAAACAUGAUCGCCGAAGGAGCCAAAGCAUAGAACCAGAGAGCCAAGAAAAACAACAUAAAAACAAAGAGGAGACUGUGUGAAAAUUUUUUGUAAAAGUGGAUCACAUUGAAUCCUAUAAAUGUUGGGUUAAAUCUGCUUUUUUUUUUUCCUCCUAAGUUGAGAUUGUGCAGUAGUUACACACUCUUCAAGCUCCCUGUAGGCUGCAUUUUCAUUUCCUCUUUUGUGUAGGGAAGUGCCUUUGUAAUCCCAUUUAUUGCAUUGAUGUUUUCACCCAACUGUUGAGUUUGAUACAUGAUGCACAGAUUGUUCUUGCAUUUUAUUGUUUGUUUUUGAGAUGUACAGUCUGUACAUAUGUCCUGAAAAUGUUUUAAUUCCGUUGGCAUGGUUGCCAUGUUGGUUAAAUUUGUAUAAGGCAAUAAAAUGCCACUAAUUCUAUUUUUGUUUUGUAGGUGUGGGAUUAUGGUUUGUGUACUGAAGUUAGCAUGACUGUGCUUUUCGUAAUAGAAUGCUAAAAACUAUGAAAAUGGAUCUUGGAUGUCUAUCAUAGGAGAAUUUCAUGCUUUCAGUGUACAUGAAGGCAGCAGUUGUAGGAUUAACAUUCUUGUCCACUGUAUAUUAUCUUGGAAGGCUCUUGUUAAUAUGUUAAACCUAAUAUUCUCCACAAUUAACUUUAGAGAGAAUUUAGGAGAAGUUAGUUUCUGAUGCAGAGGUUUCAAUUAGGCUGUGAUUUGAUCAAAAGUCCUUUUAGCAUUCUACCUCAAAGGGACACUAUUAGUAUGCCUAAAAUUUAUUCACUUAGUUUUCCUUUUUUAUUUGAAAAAAUACAUGACAUGUAAUCUUUUUCUUGAAUUUUUCAGAGUUUAAAGUACUAUAUAAAAGGAGAAAUUAAUGUCUAAAGCCUAGUAUUCUUGCAGCAACCCUAUACUAACGUGAAAUUGGGAGAGGGUGGGGCAGAUGAGUAGAGAAAUAGAUGUAAGCCUCAAGCUUCCAAAGCAUUUUUAUAAAUGGAAAAUACUUAAAUUAUGAAACAGCUUGAUAUAGUGUCCUUUUUUUAAAUUCAAAACUUUUUUUUAUUGAUAAUGAAGAUUGCUGUUUGAGUUUUUAAACUUAAUCUAGAACAGAGAAGUAUUAAAAGUAAUGCUAUGCUGCAUUAUUUAAGAUAAUCAGCAAAUUAUUUGAUAGAUUGUUCUUAUGACUUGUAUUCUGAUUACAGAGAAGGAUCAUGAGUGUGGAAUAAAUACUGGAUUAAAUCCUUUA